GAUGACGACGCAGAGUUCGCCGUCGUCUUUACGCAUGCGCAGUACUGGCAGGGACGGAAGCCCGGCGGCGCAGACGGGACCAGCAGACGCUGAAUGAAGGCGCACCGACUCGGUCUUGAAGAUGAUGAAGUUCCUCCCGAAGCUGUUGCUGCUGGCGCUGCUGGCUCUCCCGGCGGCCGUCCUCGUUAAAGGGCCGCUGGUGGCUGCCCAGGAUCCCACUGAAGAUGAGGAGGCUGAGGCUGUGGAUGAAGAUGUGGUGGAUGAGAUGACAACGGAGGAAGAGGAUGACGAGGCUGAGGUGGAGGAUGAUGACAACACGGAACUGACGGAAGAAAAGGAUGAAGAAGAAGAAGAAGUGCUGGCCGGCGAGGUGAAGGCUUCCCCCAAUGCCGACACCACCAUCCUCUUCGUCAAGGGAGAAGAUUUCCCUGCAAACAACAUUGUCAAAUUCCUGCUGGGCUUCACCAACAAGGGCACAGAGAACUUUGUGGUUGAAUCUUUGGACGCCUCCUUCCGCUACCCUCAGGACUUCCAGUUCUACAUUCAGAAUUUCACGGCGCUCCAGCUGGGCAUUGUGGUCCCACCCAGCCGGCAGGCCACCUUCGAGUACUCCUUCAUCCCCGCUGAACCCAUGGGGGGGCGCCCCUUCGGCCUGGUCAUCAACCUCAACUAUAAGGACGGCAAUGGUAAUGUAUUCCAGGAUGCAGUGUUUAACCAGACAGUCACCAUCACUGAGAAGGAGGAUGGUCUGGAUGGAGAGACGAUCUUCAUGUAUGUCUUCCUGUCGGGCCUGGGGCUGCUGGUCAUUGUAGGCCUUCACCAGCUUCUGGAGUCCAGAAAGAGGAGGCGUCCCGCUCCCAAGGUAGAGAUGGGAACAUCCAGUCACAAUGACGUGGACAUGAGUUGGAUCCCUCAGGAGACACUGAACCAGAUCAUGCAGAGUCGGCGAGACAAGGCCUCUCCUCGGAGAUCUCCCCGCAAGAGGAGCCAGAAACGCUCUGCAGGCUCCGACGAGUGACAGCGCAACAGCGUCGGCUGCGGCCCACCAACUCGCCGUGCCAGCCUUUAUCCACCCGUCUGCUGGGAGGACCAGGAGCAACAAACCAAACGCACCCCGUCCUUUUGGCAGAGAAACUCAAUACUGUGCCAACCUAUGCAUGGCUGGCUCUCACCUUUCAGCUUACAAACUGUUUAAUAGAAACAUGGACAUACACACACACACACACACACACGGUCUGUUUUGUUCAAAUUCCCAUUUAUCUGAAGCGGUCAUUUGAGGGAGAGGCGUACAUUUUUCGGGAUUCAUGAACUCCUGUCUGAAGAGGAGGAUUGUGUUUGCUUGGUUGAGAGGAGUAGACAGGAGCACAAAACUCUUCACAUCUUUUUUUUAAUCUGAUCAUUCAAAAUUGCUGACAUCAUCACCAUGAGACUGAAUUCUGAUUGUUUAUUUUCUUUCUGUGGUGCGUCACUAAGCCAUAACGUUGAUACUCAGAGAUUCAGAUUUUUUUUUUUAAAUGUUUUCCUUUCGUGGGUCAUCUGCAUCACCUGGGGUUCUCUUAUUCUCGGUAAUCUGGGAGGGUUGUGUCUCAUUCCACAACAGUUUUUCCCUGCCUUCCUUCACUGCAUCCUUGCCCACAGAUCUGAGGCGUCCCUGCUGAACCGGUCUCGGGUCUUUGUAAGGUGAUGAAGGGAAUGUCUCGGGGCACAAUGCAGCCUGUCCCUGGAUCCCUCGACUGUAAACCGCCGGUCCUGACACUCGGUGCUGUUCACACUCGGUGUUUCUGUGACGGGAUUCUGAUGAUGUGUUUCCUGAAGAGACACGGCCGCCCUGCGACACACUUCUGUUGUCCUGAUACACAAGUCAACAGUGUAGGGAUAUAGUGUGUCUGUACUGAUGUGAAGGUUUACAGGAGUGGAAUUUUGACGAGGUUUGUGCGUUUUGGGUCCUUCCUGUUGCCCGGUGGGGUCUGGCUGUUUUUCUGUUUGUUUGUGAAUCUUUUGUCACUUGCCAGAUCUCUGCAUUGGUGUGCUGCUUCCUUCCUCCAUCAGCUCGUUCAUUCAGCGUCAGAAAUAAUAAUUAAGAGUUGGUGAACUCGGACUGGAUUUGGAUUGGAUUGGUUUUGGAGUUGUUUUUUCUCAGAAGCACUGUUCAUCCAGCUGAAGCGCUGGUCUGAGUACUGGUGGAUGGAUUCCGAGAAAAUCUGACCUGCCAAUUUGUUCCUGAGUGACCGGAGGCGGGAGGGGGGCGGCUUUUAUAUACUGUAUGUCAUGUCUUUGUCACUAUGGGGCUGCCGUGUUAAUUUGGCCAACAAAUUUUAAACAGACCGAGUUGUUGCGGAGCUGCGUGGUAGGGGGCUGCUCAGUCCGGGGGAACAUUAAUGUUCUGAUGUUCUGUGAUGACAGACCGACCCAAAGGUCACUGGUUUAAAGAACAGAUGAGGUUCUCCGUUUCUGCCAUGAGGGACUCCAGAGUCCUGCUCCUUUUCCAUUUGUGGUUGAUUAGCUGACGACAAAGUCGUAGGCAGCUUGAUGCUUUAUUGAUUGUGUUCUUCUGGAUAUGAAGAAUGUCGGCCAGGAAACAUUGCCAAAGUGACACGUCUGCUGUUGGACUUCAUCACUUGUAUGGUCGGAUCUGUGUGGAGUAUGUGAUUCAUGAUCAUGCAGGAUAACCCAGCGUAGCGGGGCUGUGUUGCUCUCAGCUGCCUCUGAAAUAGUGGAAAUAGUUUUGAGAGGUUGUGGAUUGUGAAACCAGGAGAACACCUCCAGCAGGUUGUAGUCCCAGAUAGACCCAGACUAAGUGUUGUGUUUUUUUUUUUCCUGGAAUUGACGUUGGGGCUGUGGAAUUCAUAGACGCUUACUCUUAUUUACUACUACAUGCAAAGAAAAUAAACUGAUGAUUUGCUGUA